AUGUCUCUGUCCGCUCAACCGUCAAUCCACGCGCAAGACCUUUUUGGAGUCAAUGGCCUGGUCGCAGUAGUGACGGGUGGUGCCGCAGGCAUCGGGCUAAUGAUGACCAAGGCCCUGGAGGCCAAUGGCGCUACCGUCUUUAUUAUUGAUCUUCGUCAAAAUAAACUUGAUGAAGCCCAAAAACAAGCGAAACAUGGGAAAAUCAUUCCCAUUCAGGGCGACGUGACGUCCAAGACAGAGCUGGCAAGGAUCGUGUCCACGAUUGCGUCGCACCCCCUCAGCGGCGGCGUCGUCAACCUCGUGGUCGCCAACGUCGGCAUCAAGGGUCCCGAGCCACCCGUAUCCCUGGACCCCGGCGGCCCAACCGCGAAACCCUCGUUGCAAGAGGCCUACGAGUUUCUCUGGGCCCCCGAGACGGCCGACUUCAACGCCGUCUUUGCCACAAACGUCUCGGCCACCUAUUAUACCGCCGUGGCCUUUUUGCCGCUGCUCGACGCCGGUAAUGCUGCGGGCAAUGUAUCCCAGAGCAGCCAAAUCGUCAUCACGGGCAGCGCGGCCUCGUACUCGCGCGUCGCGUCCAGCAUGUUUGCCUAUGGCGCGAGCAAAGCUGCGACGAAUGACUUGACUAGGCGGCUCUCCACGACUUUGGUGCCAUAUCACAUUCGAGUCAACUCCAUCAUUCCGGGAACGUUCCCAUCCGAGAACACUGAAGACCUCGUCAAGUUCUUUGACGCUAACCCAGAAGUCUUGAAGGAAAUCUUUCCUGUUGGCCGUUUGGGAAAUACAGAGGAUAUUUCUGGACUGAUUCUUUGGCUCAGCUCGCGUGCAGGGUCAUAUGUCUCCGGCAGUAUUGUUCUCGUGGACGGAGGCGCAUUGAGCGUGCGUCCCGCAUCUUACUGA